AUGUUGGAAAGAUUCUAUCCCGAGGUGCAGAGGCGUGAUGUGAGAGGUGCUGCUUUGAAAUGGUUCAUGUGGCGUGUUUGUGAGAAUCAAGCACCAGGUGGACGGUGGACGGUGGCCAUACCUGGGCGUACUGGCGAGACAAUCACUAAUGCAGUCAAUCCCUUCCACCCAAGUCAAGAAAUUGAACUAUCAUUAGAUGACGCAAAACAACUCUCCUUCCUCAUUGCAUGA